CGGGCGGCGUUUUGCUUCCUUGGCAGUGAGCCUCAGUUUACCUUUCCAGGAAUGAAGUCAUGGCUGUCUCUGCCUAGAUCCGCUCGUGGACACGCGCGCGACACCGUUCCUACGGCGUGAACGAAGAUGUGCACGCCCAACCCGCUCCGCGUGCGCGCGCACAGGCUGUGUCUUUGUCCGCGGCGCUCAAUAAAGUUGCGCGCCGGAAGCCUCGCGAGAGUUGGCCUUGCCGGCUGCCCUUGAGCUCGCCGCGGCGCGGAAGGGUGUGCGGAGCGAGCACGGCCAGGCACAGCCAUGGCCCAGCUGCUGCUCCGGGCCUACGAUGAGGUCCCCGACGGCACCCAGUGUCACCGCAAGACCUACAUCACCACGUUGUUAGGCGCCCUCGUUGGUGCAAUAGGCUCAGCUUACAGCGUCGCGCUCAACCCCGCAGAUACCCACCUGGAAGCAGUGGCCAGGGCUGGCCGGUACACGUUCACUGCGGCUGCCGUCGGAGCUAUGUUUGGCCUUGCCACCUGUGCCAGUGCCCAGGUCCGCCAGAAGCCAGAUGAUCCCCUGAACUACUUCAUCGGAGGCUGCGCCGGGGGCCUGACGCUGGGAGCGCGUGCUCACAGCUAUGGGACUGCAGCUGCUGGCUGCGUAUGCAUGGGCACCGCGGCAACCCUGUUUAAGAUUGGCAAGCUGGAAGGCUGGGAAUACUUUGGCAGUCCCAAGGUGUGAGCAGAACCCCCGUGGCAAAUAAACACUGUGUGUCCCUUUGCCCACA